CAACGUUCGUCAUCAGUUCACGGGCCACUCUCGAACCGCGCGGUACUGCUCUCACUCUCGCCGCAGUCUCUCGCCGUGCGUCGGGCGCCACACGACGACGGAAACACGUUCGCGAACGGGCUUCAUAACGUUCACACAGUUAUUGCGAUUUUAUUAUAGAAUUUUUUUUUUUGGAGGUUCGAAAGUUCCGUCACGCCAACAAUAUAAUAAUAAUAAUAAUAAUAAUAAUUGUAAUAGUUAUUAUCAUGAAGUCUUGUUCGUUUUGACCGCGGAAUACACCUUACGCGAUUACCUCUGAUAUGCAUCAAUAAUAGUACACUUUAUUAUUACAAUAUUAUUGUUCCGUCGAAUACACCGAAAAUAAAAACUUUCGAUAUCGGUUACGUUUUAUUAGUAUUGUUGUUGUUGUUGUUGUUUUUUUUUUUAUGAAAUUUGCGAUUGAUUUCGUGGUGUGCCGCUUUCUGCGCCGUGCCGAGAUAGUUGAUAUUUAGUACGACGAACGAAUACGCCGGCCAUAUUUGUCGGCAUGAAAACCGACAAAGACCGUGUCACAGGUGUUUGAUCGACAAUGAUAAGCGGUGUGCUGUUGAUGGUGGCUGUGAUAUCAGGCAUAGUGUGCGGCGAAACGCCGAGACCGUCGGGCGCUAGAGCCGCGUUCAAGGACGCCGGCCAGGCGGAAAGGCACUUGCUGGCCGCGCUGGGCAUGAAGCGCCGACCGGUGGUGGACAAGUCCAAAGUGGAGAUACCAGCCGCCAUGCUGGAGCUUUACAAUAUGCAAAUGUCGUACGAAUUCGACACAACGGCCUUACCGUUGCCGGGACAUCAUGUCAAGUCCGCGAAUACCGCCCGGACGUACUUACAUAGAGAGUCUGAACCGAAAAAGCCAAAGUGCCGUAAGUACAGGUUGCAGUUCGCGGUCGACCCGUUGCCAGAGGGCGAAUGGCUGACCGCGGCCGAGCUGAGGCUGACGCCGUCGCGGCACCGGCCUACCGGACAUCCGUCCCGCGUGCAAGUGCUUGUGCACGACAUCGUGCAACCGGGCGUCCGGGGCGUGUCGAAGCCAGUGCUUCGGUUACUCGACUCACAGUACGUGGACCUGCCGGACGCGCUGACGUUGGCGGGACAUGACGACGAGGUGUCGGUCACGCUGGACGUGACGCCCGCGCUGGAGCGAUGGUCGCAGCACGGCGGCCGGUGGUCAGCCGGCAAUCACGGGCUGCUCAUCGAGACCCUGACCGAUGCCGCUGACGUCCGGGCCCCGAUACCCGACACGUUCGAGUUGCGGGCCGCCGACAGGCCUGCGCUUCUCGUGUACUCGGACGACGGCAAGAACAGUCGUCCCGUCGGCCCGCCGCGGCGGAAACGCUCGCCGGGGGCCAGCCAGCAGCAACAGGGCAGGGGCGGCGGCAAACGGCGGAAGGACGGCGGCCGGGACAUUUGCCAAAGGCAUCCGCUCUACGUGGAUUUCACCGACGUCGGUUGGGACGAUUGGAUCGUCGCGCCGCCCGGCUACGACGCUUACUACUGCCACGGCGACUGUCCGUUUCCGGUCGCCGAACACCUCAACUCCACCAACCACGCCAUCGUCCAGACGUUGGUCAACUCCAUGAACCCCACCGCCGUGCCCAAAGCGUGUUGCGUACCCACUCAGUUGGCGUCCAUAUCUAUGCUGUACCUGGACGAGGACAACAAAGUGGUGCUCAAAAACUACCAGGACAUGCAAGUGCUCGGGUGCGGGUGCAGGUAGGCCUCGGCCUAGAUCCAUCACACACUCUCACACACACACACACACACACACACACACACACAAACACACACACACACACACACACACACAUACACACACAGACACACCCACACACAAA